CGCCCGCCCGCCUGCGGCCAUGGCGCGGACGUCCGGCCUGCCUCUGCUGCUCGUGCCGCUGCUGCUGGGCCCGGCCCUGGCUCGCAGCCCCGGCCCUCUGCCCCUGGUCCUCAACACCUGGCCUUUUAGGAACGCCACCGAAGCAGCCUGGAGGACAUUAGCGUCUGGAGGCUCUCCCCUGGACGCAGUAGAGAGUGGCUGUGCUGUGUGUGAGAGAGAGCAGUGUGAUGGCACUGUGGGCUUUGGAGGAAGUCCUGAUGAGUUUGGAGAGACCACACUGGAUGCCAUGAUCAUGGAUGGCACUACUAUGGAUGUCGGCGCAGUCGGAGCUCUUAGACGAGUUAAAAAUGCUAUUGGUGUAGCUCGAAAAGUGCUGGAAUAUACAACACACACACUUUUAGCAGGAGAGUCAGCCACUAAGUUUGCUGAAAGUAUGGGAUUUGUCAACGAAGAUUUAUCUACCAAUGCUUCUCGAGCUCUUCAUUCAGCUUGGCUUGCCCGAAAUUGCCAGCCAAAUUACUGGAGGAAUGUCGUGCCAGAUGCUUCGACAUACUGUGGACCCUACAAACCCAAACCACCUGGUGUCUCAGAACAAGAUGGCACUACCUGUAAAGGAACAGGAGAUACCCACAGUCAUGACACUAUUGGCAUGAUUGUAAUCCAUAAGACAGGACAUACCGCUGCUGGUACAUCGACAAAUGGUUUAAAAUUCAAAAUACCUGGCCGUGUGGGAGAUUCGCCAGUACCGGGAUCGGGAGCUUACGCCGAUGAUACUGCAGGCGCAGCUGCGGCCACCGGGGACGGCGAUACGUUGAUGCGUUUCCUGCCAAGCUACCAGGCUGUAGAAUAUAUGAGAAGAGGAGUCGAUCCCACCAUAGCUUGCCAAAAAGUGAUUUCAAGAAUUCAGAAGUAUUUUCCAAAAUUCUUUGGGGCUGUUUUAUGUGCCAAUGUGACUGGAAACUACGGUGCAGCUUGCAAUAAACUUCCAACAUUUACCCAGUUUAGUUUCAUGGUCUAUAAUUCUCUAAAAAAUCAGCCAACUGAGGAAAAAGUAGACUGCAUCUAAUCCAUCUUUUCUGUCAGCAUCCACAUUUAAAGAAGGAAACAAAGGCUGAGAAGGUUACUAUUCAUACAGUGUGCCUCAUGUAUUCUAAAUUCCUUGUGUAAUGUAAGCACAAAAAUAAAUUUAUGCCAAAGUGGCAUUUUUCACUUUCUGUAUCUGAAA